AUGGAUGACUUGAAGCUCUUCGCAAAGGAUGACGGUCAACUGGAUCAAGAGCUCGGCAUAGUCAAGACAUUCAGCGAUGACAUCCAGAUGGAGUUCGGACUGGAGAAGUGUGCUAAAGCAACUAUCAGGAAAGGCAAACUUGUAUCAGGGCCAAACGCUAAGCUGAAGGGCGAAACCGAGAUCCGGAACCUUGAUCAGGAAGAAGUCUACAAGUACCUCGGAGUAGACCAGAGCGACGGAAUACAGCACAGUCUCAUGAAGGAGAAGAUCCGGAAAGAGUAUUACCGUCGGGUCAGACUCAUCCUCGACACUGAACUCAACUCAAAUAACAAGAUGCACGCAAUAAACAGCUUAGCCGUGCCAGUGCCGCAGUACAGCUUCGGGAUCAUCGACUGGAGAGAAAUAGAGAUCAAGGAAAUGGACAGGAAGACCCGGAAACUACUAACAAAGUACGGAAAGCAGGGGGGCCGUGGACUCAUCGAGCUGGAAAGUGCAUACAAGAGCGCGAUCGUCGGCCUAAGCGAGUACAUCAAGCGAGGAGAUGACAAGUAUACCAGACUCGUAAAGAGACACGAAUCAGAGAAGAGGAAAUACUCUCUUGUCAACAAAGGCGAUGAAUUCAAGAAGUAUAUACCGCCCCAACCUGGAGCCCAGUCAACACAGCCAAGUUUGCAAACCAUCAAGCGACAGAUGAAGGAAGCGUUGGCUGACGAGAAAAUCAACACCUACUCGUCGAAGCCUCUCCACGGUCAAUUAUACAGUCAAACAUUCGAGAAUUACAUAGAUAGAAAAUUGACCUUUGGAUGGCUUCGGAGCUCUGGGCUCAAAGGACAGACAGAGAGUCUCCUUACGGCAGCACAAGAUCAGGCGCUGAACACCAGAUACCAUCAGAGGAAGAUCUUGAAGAUAGAGGUGGACAGCAAAUGCAGACUUUGCCAGCAGCAAGAAGAGCAUGUCAGCCACAUAGUUGCUGGCUGCUCGGUACUAGCGCUAAAUGAGUACACCCAUAGGCACAACCGGAUAGCUAGCUACCUGCACUGGUCAAUUCUAAGAGAGAUUGGCCUCCCUGCAUCUGAUCAGUGGUACGAGCAUCAGCCGGAAAAAGUCGUUGAAACUGAGACAAUCACUGUGAUGUACGACAUGCCUGUCAACACAGAUCGGACCAUUGGAGCCAAUCGACCGGACAUCAUCUUCCACGACAAGGUCAAGAAAAGAUGUCUAUUGAUUGACGUGGCAGUGCCAAAUGAUGCGAAUGUAUCGUCCAAAGAAGCAGAAAAGAUCGGCAAAUACAAGGACCUGGAGAUCGAGAUUUCGCGCAUGUGGCACACUAAGACCCGCGUGAUACCGGUCGUAGUCGGAGCAUUGGGAACCGCCCGACUUGGUCUCCAGAAAUACCUCGGUGAAAUACCCGGAAAAAAGAGAGCGGAGCAAGUGCAGAAGAUCGCACUGCUUGGUACGGCCCAUAUCCUGAGGAAAUUCUUGAGCACCUAA